AGAUUACACUGACUUCUAUUCUUCGCGCCAACAUGCCACAAACGUUGGGAUCAUGUUUAGGGGGAAGGAGAACGCUUUGAUGCCUAACUGGCUGCACUUACCCGUCGGUUAUCACGGCCGGGCAUCGUCCGUUGUGGUGUCUGGGACGCCCAUCCGGAGACCUGUGGGGCAAAUGAGACCUGACAAUGAUAAACCUCCAGUGUUUGGCGCUUGUAAGCGUCUGGAUAUUGAGUUAGAAAUGGCCUUCUUUGUAGGUCCUGGAAACAAGUAUGGGGAACCGAUUCCGAUCAGCAGAGCCCAGGAGCACAUCUUUGGGAUGGUCCUUAUGAAUGACUGGAGCGCCCGUGACAUCCAGAAAUGGGAAUACGUUCCUCUGGGUCCCUUCCUGAGCAAGAGCUUUGGCACAACCAUCUCUCCUUGGGUGGUCACCAUGGAAGCUCUCAUGCCAUUCGUGUUACCAAACCCUGUCCAGGAUCCCAAGCCGCUGCCCUACCUUCAGGAUAAAGAACCCUACACUUUCGACAUCAAGCUCUUUGUUGCUAUUAAAGGAGAAGGGAUGAGUACGCCAACCACUAUAUGCAGAUCCAAUUUCAAGCACAUGUACUGGACCAUGAAACAGCAGCUGGCUCAUCAUUCCAUCAAUGGGUGCAACCUCAGACCUGGAGAUCUCCUGGCCUCCGGCACAAUCAGUGGACCCGAGCCAGAGAGCUUCGGCUCCAUGCUGGAGCUGUCCUGGAACGGAACAAAAGAAAUCGCUCUUGGCAGUGGACAGUCUCGUAAAUUCCUGCAGGAUGGAGACGAAAUCAUUUUGACAGGUUACUGCCAGGGCAACGGCUUCCGCGUGGGAUUCGGCCAGUGCUCAGGAAAAAUCCUUCCAGCCCUGUCGGAUCCAUGAUGACUGGAGUAAUGGAACAUCCGAGGAGGA